AUGCCGGUGCGGAGGGGCCACGUCGCGCCGCAGAAUACGUUCCUGGACACCAUCAUCCGCAAGUUUGAAGGCCAGACCUCGGCACUGUCCCCCAGCCUCCUUAUGGGGACUACAGCACCCCUAACGCUGCCCUGUCUGGCUCUCGAGGCAGAUGUGGAGGGGGCCGGCCUCGGCCCGGGCGCUGAGGGGGCGGCAGUCUGCUGGCUGCCUGCCCGGGGGAAGCCACGCAGCCAGCCCGCGGGUCGGGCGGGGAAGGGGGCGCACUCGCCGGGUUGUGCCCCGCGGAGGCACCUGUGUCGGGCGCAGCUGCGCUCGCCCCCUGCUGGGGACCCUAGUCCCCGCUGCCGCAAGUUUAUCAUCGCCAACGCUCGGGUGGAGAACUGCGCCGUCAUCUACUGCAACGACGGCUUCUGCGAGCUGUGCGGCUACUCGCGGGCAGAGGUGAUGCAGCGGCCCUGCACCUGCGACUUCCUGCACGGGCCGCGCACGCAGCGCCGCGCCGCCGCGCAGAUCGCGCAGGCCCUGCUGGGUGCCGAGGAGCGCAAAGUGGAGAUCGCCUUCUACCGGAAGGAUGGUGUGGGCAUGUUGAAUCAGGUGUCUCUGCUCAGCCACCGCCUCCCAGCCCAGCUGCUCCUGGCUUCGAGAGAGCAGAUAAACAGAGCCCUGGGCGGGCCCGUUGGGCCCAGCUCUGUGCAGUAUCAGGGCCUGGAGCCAGACAGCCCCAUUAUUCAGUUGCGGGGACUGCUGGGAGUUGGGGGUCGCUGUCUGGCUUCCCCCACCUCUGACUAUCCUGGCCUGGUCUCUGUGUCCCCAGGAGCCUGUGCGUGGGUGGAGAUGGGGGUGUCUCUGGAGGAGAGUCUGAAGCUUCUCCACUUCAGCUGCAGGCCGGUUGCCAUGACUCUGGCCUUCCAGUCUACAGUCACUUCUUGCGGUAAUGGUUUUUGGCGGAUCCUGCCAUGUUCCUCCACACUGAGGCCAUUUCUCCUGGGCCUCUCCUCGACUUUCCCCAGCGCCUUCCCUGUGUUUGGAGGCCGGGAGAACUGGGCUGGGGGACGGAUUGCGGAUGGGGCUGUUCUGCACCAGGCAUGUCUGCCAGGCCAGCAACGCUGCACCUUCCAUUCCUCGGACCUUCCCUUGGCCCGGGCUCCGCUGCUUCUGGAGUGUGGGCUGUGCCUGCCACAAAGUGGCUCCUGGUGGAACUGCAGCCUUGGCCCGGCUCUGGGCAGUGUCGGCACCUUCCUGACAUUGGCCUCUGCCCCUGGGUACUGGGAUGCGGGUGCUGAGCAAGGGAGCUGCUUCCUGUGCCUGGUGGACGUGGUACCCGUGAAGAAUGAGGACGGGGCUGUCAUCAUGUUCAUCCUCAACUUCGAGGUGGUGAUGGAGAAGGACAUGGUGGGCUCCCCAGCUCGGGACACCAAUCACCGAGGCCCCCCUACCAGCUGGUUGGCCCCAGGCCGCGCCAAGACCUUCCGCCUGAAGCUACCUGCGCUGCUGGCGCUGACCGCCCGGCAGUCGUCAGUGCGGUCUGGGGGCACUGGCGGCUCGGGAGCUCCAGGGGCUGUGGUGGUGGACGUGGACCUGACGCCUACAGCGCCCAGCGAGUCACUGGCCCUGGACGAGGUGACGGCGCUGGACAAUCACGUGGUAGGGCCCGGGCCGGCUGAGGAGCAGCGCGCGCUUGUGGGCCCCGGCUCGCCGCCCAGCCGCGCCCCCGCCCCGCAUUCGCCUUUGGCGCACAGCCUCAACCCCGACGCCUCGGGCUCCAGUUGCAGCCUGGCCCGGACCCGCUCCAGAGAGAGCUUCGCCAGUGUGCGCCGUGCCUCCUCGGCCGACGACAUUGAGGCCAUGCGUGCUGGGGCGCUGCCCCCGCCACCUCCACGCCAUGCCAGCACUGGGGCCAUGCACCCCCUACGCAGUGGCCUGCUUAACUCCACGUCAGACUCGGACCUUGUACGCUACCGCACCAUUAGCAAGAUCCCCCAAAUCACACUCAACUUUGUGGACCUCAAGGGUGACCCCUUCCUGGCUUCACCCACCAGUGACCGGGAGAUCAUAGCCCCCAAAAUAAAGGAGCGGACCCAUAACGUCACUGAGAAGGUCACCCAGGUAGGCGCCCAUCUCCUCGGCUCUCACCUCACCUUGGAGGAGCUUGGAGGGGGAGGUGUGGGCAGGUGCCUGGCCAGGGAUGGGGAGUGGCUGAGGUCAAGAGGAGGGGAUGGAGGGGGUGGCCAGUGA